AUGCCGGCCUGGGCCAGGCGCGCCCGCGCCGCCCUCCCCCGCGGCGCGAUGUCCCUGAACCCGCGGGAGCUCGGGACCACCGGCGCGACCCUGAUCUUCCUCUACGGGCUGCCGAACGACCUGCCGCGGCACGUGAAAGGUAAGCUGAACGGCGAGCACCCGAACUGCUCGAGGCCGACGAUCGAGUUCGUCAGGGACUUGCUCGGUUUCAUCUGGCUCCCGGUCGGGGUGCAGCUCGUGUUCAUUUUCUACAUGGCCAGACUGGUGCUGAAUGCCCACAGCGCAGCAAGCCGGUUGGCGGAGCCCGAUACGCCGUGGUUCUUGAUCACGAUUGCCAUCGUCGUGCAUUGGUUCCACUGCUUCGGCCCGCUGCCGCUAGGCGUGCGCGCCCUCAUGUUUGUCCACGACGCAGAGGGCGGCACGCACGAGAUGGCCGAGGGGACCGUUUAUGACGAAGAUAGUGAUGAAGAUCCUCUUCCUCCGGCGCAGAUGGGGCCGAGGAUGACCUCGGCCGCGCAAACGCUGGGCCCAUCCACCCUCAUGUUGGGACAAAGCUGGGCGCUCGCGUCGAGAACUGACGGCGACUUCGGCCACCAGCAGCUCAGAGAUGCGGUAAUCAAGAACAAGACGAUUCCCGGAAUGCGCGCUGUGCACGAAGAGGUCCAGACCAUCGAGAUAACAGUCGAUGGCAGCCACAGGCCAGGCGGGCACCACGAGUGGUACGUGCCGGUCAUCGCGUCUAUUUUGAUUAUUUUUGACAAGUUCCUUGUGCCACUGCUGAUCGUAUUUAUCGGCGGGCUGUUUUUAUGCACCUCCAGCUCGCCCGGGGACUUGGUCUUGAACUCGGCCGCGGUUGUAUGUAUUAACGAGAUCGACGAGAUGGUCAUGCUCGGAGGGUCCUACACGUCGAACCUGGUCUGGGAGGUCAACCUCCCGCUACUGCCCGGGUGGUUCCGGAAGUGGUACAGCAAGUUGUGCCGCGAGUGGGCGAUCGUCCCCUUCGGGGUUGCCCUGUUCACCAUGUUGGUCGGGCGCUUCGUCCUCAUCCUGUGA